AGUCAGGGUUUCUUCUGGGCUGUUUUGGUUAGAGGACCAGGGAGAGGGGGGUUGGGGGGAGGUACAGGCCUGGUCUGGGGACUUCCGUGAGCACCGUAAUUUCUUGCAGGGUUAACCUUCAGCAGGGGAAGGGGAAAACUCCAAGGUGGGGUGGAGCUCUCUGGCCUUUGGUGUUGGGGGGGGUGGGGGGGGGGCACACUGCCGCCGAAGAACUUCGAGGGUGGGCGGGAUAUUGGAGAUGGCCCAGCGCUCCCCUGAAUUUUGGGGGGAAAUGACAGCUUUGAGGUUGGCCGCGGGCGAGCCAUCCUUUCGGGGUCGCUUUUUGCCUUGAAAUUACGGUGGUCUGUGGAGCAUCCCUUUGAGGAAGGUGGGGCGGGGUCCCUCCGAGCUGCUCCCCUCCCCCUGCCCUCCCCCACCUCAGAGAGGCCUGGGCAGCCAGCCCAGGCCCCCGACCCUCACUGCCCCGCCACUCUCUCCCUCUCUCUCCCUGAGACACUCUUCUUACAGGCCCGGUGGUGGUUUGGACCCUGCAGCCCUGGAUCUUUUCUCUUCGAGGGAGGAGUGGGGGGGCGGGGGGGGGAGGGGGGAGGGAAGAGGAGGUGUUGGGAGCUUGGUGCUGGGGAGGGGUCCUUGCUGUCAAAGGCCCCAGGCAGACCCUUCCUCAUCUUCUCCCCCUUCCCCGGGGUAACCUCUAACCACGUUUUCCUCCUCCACACCCUUCUGACCAGGUCAGGCUCUGAGGCCUCCCACCGCCCCCCCCCCCCCCCCACACACACACAGACACAUCUGCUCAGGGGCCACAGAGCUGGCAGGGGUCCUGGCUUGGGGAGAGGGGAGACCUGGGCACAGAGGAAAAAGCUGGAGGCCAGGUGUGCGGGACACAGGGCGCAGGCCAACCCCUCAGGGCACUGGGGACAAGGAGAUGGUGGAGCCCUAGGGCGCAAGCCAGGAUCCCUCUGGUCCCUGCUGAUGUCUGUGUCCCAGGCUCCCCUCCCCCUCCUAAAACAGGGUGUGCUCCUGGCUGCUUUGUGCCCGGGGACCCUCGGGCCAAGCCGUCCCUGAUGCUGUGAAGGGAGGGCUGGACAUCCCCCCACCCAAGCCUGGUGAAGAGGCUGGACGUGGGGGAGUGAGGAGUGGUGCCUGUCCAAGACCCUCUUGCCACUGGGGCUGCCCCCCAAGCCCGCACCAGGUCCCAGCCCUCCCUGUUCCCCCUGGGGCCAGCUGCUUUGGUGACAGGCCAAGCAGGAGCAGAGAAUUCACUGCAAACCCUCACCCUGGCCUGUGUGUGGGUUCGGCCAGCAGGGAGGGAAUGGGGGGGUGGGGCGGGGCCCCCCACCUUUCUGACAUCAGCGGUGCCUUGGUCCCUCCUCCCGAGCCGGGGAUGGUCGCAGGUGGUCUCCAGCGUGCCUCCCUUGGAGCCAGGACCUCGCCGAGGCCCCCCCACCUUGUCUCUCUUCCCUCCACGCAGCUCUCCUUUCCCCUCCCCAACUCUCCUGGGAAGCCCCCUCCUUUCCCAUGUCCCCCAACCUCCCCCACCCCUGUGCACCAGUGUCAGUGUCUGCUGCUGAACAAACCCCAUGAGAGACCUUGCUGGCUGGGGGCAGGGCGGGGCACCAUCAGGGAGGGGCUGGAUUUUUCCAAAAACCCUUCCUCACCUGCUGAUUUCGUGGGUACUGGGUGGGGGGUGGGGGGUGGGGGCACAGGCUGCAUCGGGAACCCUGGGUGCCUCCUCCACCCUGGAAUAGGGGGGCACUCCUGACACCCACUGUGGGUACGGAAACAUCACUCUACCUUGCAAUUUUUGCGGGGGGUUGGGGGGAGAGGGGAGAAAGAGUUAAAAAAAAAAAAAUCUGUCCUGGUGUGGUUGGUGAAGGAUGGGACCCUCGACCCAUAGCUCUUCCGUAGGGGGCUGUGACAAUGGUAAAGGAGCAGGGCACUGAGUCCCUGGAGCCUCAAAGCCACCAGUGGCUGCAGUGAGGAGAUCUUUCCGCCCCCACUUAAGGCACACGAAGACGACUCUGGGAGGGCUGUUGCCAAACCCUUUAUCCCCAGCCUGUGGGGUCUCUAGCAGCCAGGGAAGGAGAGGGGUACCACCACCCCACACACUAACCCUGCUCUUAAUGGCCUCCAGGGUUGACCUCUCCAGGGAGAGGGGCAGCUGGGCAGGGCAGGGGUCCCAGCCCGGAAACCCCCUUCCCAUCACCAGCCCUACCAAGCAACCGUGACUGCAGCAGCAGGAGGGGACAGCCUGGCUACCCCAGGCCGCGUGACCAACUUGCCUCUCUCUCUCCCCCUCCCUCGCCUCUGCGCCUCCUCCCCCCAUGUCUUCCCCGCCCUCCCAUCCGCCCGGCCCAGUCUUCGUGUGCCCAGGGACCCUGCAGAAGGUGUUGGAGCCCACCUCCACGCACGAGUCGGAACACCAGUCUGGCGCCUGGUGCAAGGACCCGCUGCAGGCGGGCGACCGUAUCUACGUCAUGCCCUGGAUCCCCUACCGCACGGACACGCUGACCGAGUACGCCUCGUGGGAGGACUACGUGGCCGCGCGCCACACCACCACCUACCGCCUGCCCAACCGCGUGGACGGCACGGGCUUCGUGGUCUACGACGGCGCCGUCUUCUACAACAAGGAGCGCACGCGCAACAUCGUCAAGUACGACCUGCGCACGCGCAUCAAGAGCGGGGAGACGGUCAUCAACACGGCCAACUACCACGACACCUCGCCCUACCGCUGGGGGGGCAAGACCGACAUCGACCUAGCUGUGGACGAGAACGGGCUGUGGGUCAUUUACGCCACCGAGGGCAACAACGGGCGCCUGGUGGUGAGCCAGCUCAACCCCUACACGCUGCGUUUCGAGGGCACGUGGGAGACCGGCUACGACAAGCGCUCGGCGUCCAACGCCUUCAUGGUGUGCGGGGUCCUGUACGUGCUGCGCUCCGUGUACGUGGACGACGACAGCGAGGCGGCGGGCAACCGCGUGGACUACGCUUUCAACACCAACGCCAACCGCGAGGAGCCCGUGAGCCUGGCCUUCCCCAACCCCUACCAGUUCGUCUCCUCCGUGGACUACAACCCUCGCGACAACCAGCUUUACGUCUGGAACAACUAUUUUGUGGUGCGCUACAGCCUGGAGUUCGGGCCGCCCGACCCCAGUGCGGGCCCAGCCACUUCCCCACCUGUCAGCACGACCACCACAGCCCGACCCACACCCCUCACCAGCACGGCCUCGCCCGCAGCCACCACCCCGCUCCGCCGGGUGCCCCUCACCACACACCCUGUGGGUGCCAUCAACCAGCUGGGACCUGACCUGCCUCCAGCCACAGCCCCAGCUCCCAGCACCCGGCGGCCCCCAGCCCCCAACCUGCACGUGUCCCCAGAGCUCUUCUGUGAACCUAGAGAGGUGCGGCGGGUCCAGUGGCCGGCCACCCAGCAGGGCAUGCUGGUGGAGAGGCCCUGCCCCAAGGGGACCCGAGGAAUUGCCUCCUUCCAGUGUCUACCAGCCCUGGGGCUCUGGAACCCCCGGGGCCCUGACCUCAGCAACUGCACCUCCCCCUGGGUCAACCAGGUGGCCCAGAAGAUCAAGAGUGGGGAGAAUGCAGCCAAUAUUGCCAGUGAGCUAGCCCGUCACACCCGAGGCUCCAUCUAUGCGGGUGACGUGUCCUCCUCCGUGAAGCUGAUGGAGCAGCUGCUGGAUAUUCUGGACGCCCAGCUGCAGGCCUUGCGGCCCAUUGAGCGCGAGUCAGCUGGCAAGAACUACAACAAGAUGCACAAGCGGGAGAGAACCUGCAAAGACUACAUCAAGGCUGUGGUAGAGACUGUGGACAACCUGCUGCGGCCAGAGGCUCUGGAAUCCUGGAAGGACAUGAACGCUACGGAGCAGGUGCACACAGCCACCAUGCUCUUGGAUGUCCUGGAGGAGGGUGCCUUCCUGCUGGCCGACAAUGUCAGGGAGCCCGCCCGCUUCCUGGCUGCCAAGCAGAAUGUGGUCCUGGAGGUGACAGUCCUCAACACCGAGGGCCAAGUGCAGGAGCUGGUGUUUCCCCAGGAGUACCCAAGUGAGAACUCCAUCCAGCUGUCCGCCAAUACCAUCAAGCAGAACAGCCGGAACGGUGUAGUCAAAGUCGUUUUCAUCCUCUACAACAACCUGGGUCUCUUCCUGUCCACCGAGAACGCCACAGUGAAGCUGGCAGGUGAAGCAGGUACAGGUGGCCCAGGCGGCGCCUCCCUGGUGGUGAAUUCGCAGGUCAUCGCGGCGUCCAUCAACAAGGAGUCCAGUCGAGUCUUUCUCAUGGACCCUGUCAUCUUCACUGUGGCCCACCUGGAGGCCAAGAACCACUUCAAUGCUAACUGCUCCUUCUGGAACUACUCGGAGCGUUCCAUGCUGGGCUACUGGUCAACCCAGGGCUGCCGCCUGGUGGAGUCCAACAAGACCCACACCACGUGUGCCUGCAGCCACCUCACCAACUUCGCCGUGCUGAUGGCCCACCACGAGAUCUACCAGGGCCGCAUCAAUGAGCUGCUGUUGUCGGUCAUCACCUGGGUGGGCAUCGUGAUCUCCCUCGUCUGCCUGGCCAUCUGUAUCUCUACCUUCUGCUUCUUGCGGGGGCUGCAGACCGACCGCAACACCAUCCAUAAGAACCUGUGCAUCAACCUCUUCCUGGCUGAGCUGCUCUUCCUGGUCGGGAUCGACAAGACUCAGUAUGAGAUCGCCUGCCCCAUCUUCGCUGGCUUACUGCACUACUUCUUCCUGGCCGCCUUCUCCUGGCUGUGCCUGGAGGGUGUGCACCUCUAUCUGCUGCUGGUGGAAGUGUUUGAGAGCGAGUACUCCCGUACUAAGUACUACUACUUGGGGGGCUACUGCUUCCCGGCACUGGUGGUGGGCAUCGCGGCUGCCAUCGACUACCGCAGCUAUGGCACCGAGAAGGCCUGCUGGCUCCGAGUGGACAAUUAUUUCAUCUGGAGCUUCAUCGGGCCAGUCUCCUUUGUUAUCGUGGUGAACCUGGUGUUCCUCAUGGUGACCCUGCACAAGAUGAUCCGGAGCUCAUCUGUGCUCAAGCCCGACUCCAGUCGCCUCGACAACAUUAAAUCCUGGGCCCUGGGGGCCAUCGCGCUGCUCUUCCUGCUGGGUCUCACUUGGGCUUUCGGCCUGCUCUUCAUCAAUAAGGAGUCGGUGGUCAUGGCCUAUCUCUUCACCACUUUCAACGCCUUCCAGGGGGUCUUCAUCUUUGUCUUUCACUGCGCCUUACAAAAGAAGGUGCACAAGGAGUACAGCAAGUGCCUGCGUCACUCCUACUGCUGCAUCCGUUCCCCCCCUGGGGGCGCUCAUGGCUCACUGAAGACCUCAGCCAUGCGGAGCAACACCCGCUACUACACAGGGACCCAGAGCCGAAUCCGGAGGAUGUGGAACGACACCGUGAGGAAACAGACGGAGUCCUCCUUCAUGGCAGGCGACAUCAACAGUACCCCCACCCUGAACAGAGGUACCAUGGGGAACCACCUGCUGACCAACCCCGUGCUACAGCCCCGUGGGGGCACCAGCCCCUACAACACCCUCAUUGCUGAGUCGGUGGGCUUCAAUCCCUCCUCGCCCCCUGUCUUCAACUCCCCAGGGAGCUACCGGGAACCCAAGCACCCUCUGGGAGGCCGGGAAGCCUGUGGCAUGGACACACUGCCCCUCAAUGGCAACUUCAACAACAGUUACUCCUUGCGAAGUGGGGAUUUCCCUCCAGGGGAUGGGGCCUCCGAGCCACCCCGAGGCCGGAACCUGGCCGACGCUGCCGCCUUCGAGAAGAUGAUCAUCUCAGAGCUGGUACACAACAACCUGCGGGGCGGCAGCAGCGGGGCCAAGGGCCCUCCACCACCCGAACCCCCCGUGCCACCUGUGCCAGGGGGCGGUGGCGAGGAAGAAGCAGGCGGGCCCGGGGGUGCUGACCGGGCAGAGAUCGAACUUCUCUACAAGGCCCUGGAGGAGCCGCUGCUGCUGCCCCGGGCCCAGUCGGUGCUGUACCAGAGCGAUCUGGAUGAGUCGGAGAGCUGCACUGCGGAGGAUGGGGCCACCAGCCGGCCCCUCUCCUCCCCUCCGGGCCGGGACUCCCUCUAUGCCAGCGGGGCCAACCUGCGGGACUCGCCCUCCUACCCGGACAGCAGCCCCGAGGGGCCCAGUGAGGCCCUCCCACCACCCCCGCCUGCGCCCCCCGGCCCCCCUGAAAUCUACUACACCUCGCGCCCACCUGCCCUGGUGGCCCGGAACCCCCUGCAGGGCUACUACCAGGUGCGGCGGCCCAGCCACGAGGGCUACCUGGCAGCCCCAGGCCUGGAGGGGCCAGGGCCCGACGGGGAUGGGCAGAUGCAGCUGGUCACCAGUCUCUGAGGGACCUCACGGACCAGGGGCUGGUGGCCCAGGCCAGAGAGGGAACCCUGGGUGGGGCUCUGGUGGGAGAGGGAGACUCAUGGAGACAGUGGCUGGUGGGCCACUCUCUCCAAGUACCCGUCGGCCGUGGGCCCUCUAGGCCCCUCAGGAGUUCUGCCAUGGGGGCCUGUGGUGCAGGGUUCACAGACAGGGUUUCCUACCAGCCACGUGCACCAGCUCGAAUUGGGGGAAGUGCAGUGAGGAGAAGCCAAGAGGUCCCCAAGGGAGUAAGGAAGGAGAAAUUGGAGGGGUGCAGCCCACUCUCUACUUCCCCCUCUCCCCUACCUUCCUCCCCCCUGGAGGGAAACGAGGGCUUUGGUUUCCUUGGGCCAAGGGCCCUGCUGAAUGGAACCUGUCCGCUGCUCCUCUCUCUGCAUCUGGAAAUGCUGCCAGCUGCACCAGGAAAGAGCAGUGGGAGCAGACAGACAGGUUCCUCCUGCAUUAGUUCCCUGCUCCUUGGAGACUGGGGCCUCUGGCCCAAGAGAAGGCCCCAGGGCAGGCGGAACGGGCAGUUGUGGCUGCUGGUUUAAAGGUGGAACUUUCUCUGAAGCUCCUUCCCUCCACUGCUCUUCAUCCUUGCCUCCCCAGCAAGCCUGCCCAUCAGCCUCCUCAAGUGCACCCAGUGACCCCCUCCCUUGGGGUGACUCCUGAUGAAGCACAACUCCCCGCAGGGCCCCCAGCCCACAGGGGUGGCCAUAUUUGGGCAGUUCCCAGUCCUGUGGGCUCGGCUAACUGGGGAGCAGAUUUUGGGUCUGGAUCUCCCUGGGGAGUGGGUCCUGGGCUUGGAUCUUUCCCUAGGGGGCCAUCUUACCCCUUCCUCUCUCCUCCUCCUCCCCCAUUGCUGUAAAUAUUUCAACGAAAUGAAAAAGACAAAAAAAAAAAAAAAAGACAAAAAAAAAAAAAAAAAAAAAAAGGAAAGAAAAUCUCAUCACUUGAAGCCACCGGGAGCCUGUGGCCCAGCCAGCCCGGGGCUUUCUCCGGAGCAGAGUGGCGCCGCCGGGCCCUGGCAGCCAGGACUUCUCCGUGUAUGUGUGCAUCCCCAGCCGGGGUGGGCGGGCCGCCAGAGCAGCUUUUUACAAUCCAGAGACAGAAAACAAAACCUAGAAGCAACAGCGAAACAAAGAACCUGUUUCCUUCCCGGCACUGUUUCUGUCGCCUCUUUCCCUGCUCCGCCUGUCCCUGGCCUCAGUCAGCCCUCCUGGGGCGUGUACCUCACUGCCUGCCCCAGGACCGGGGCCUGUCUCCCCCUCCCCUCCCCACUGGCCCGGGGGAGACACCCUCACACCCAAAGAUGCUUUUGCCAAGAUGGCUGCGCUGUCCCUUUGAGUUCCUGCUUCUUGUAUAUUGCUUCUGGGACUCUGGGCCGAGGAAGAAGGGACUGAUUUCCCACCUAGAGAGGUUGAUGGGGGAAGGAAAGUGGAGGCAGCAAGUGGUGGGUGUGACCGGGAGGCUAGGAGUGGUGAAGCUGUCUUCUCUCUUGAGGGGGGUGGGGAGGGUAUGCAAAGGUGAGAGAUCACCUUCCCUCCCCUACACCCUCCUGCAGGGGACACAGAGCCAAGUACCAGGGCCUGCAGUCAGGACACCUUUGUAUUGGGGGCUCUACCCCCAACCUAUAGACUCUGGAAGCUUCAGGCUGGGGAUGUCUCCUGAGUACCUCUUCCAGCACCCUCCUCCCCAGCCUCUCACCCUGGCCUCCCCCGCCCCAACUCUUUGAGGGUAGGGUAGUCCCAUUGCCACACUAGCCCAGCCCUACCAUUGCCAUUCUCCCAGGGGUGGCCCUCCACCCCUAUUCUGGCCCCCUUCUUGUCUCUUUUGCCCCUCUCUCUUUUCUCACAAGUGCCAUGAGUUUUCAAACAUCUUCGGGUCUCAGCCUGCUGCUGCCAUAAACUUCUUUGGGUUAAGGGGGCGGGGGUGGGGGGGGAAGGCUCUAGGGAGGAACUAGGGGAAAGGGACAGGUAGGUGGCUGGAGGAACCCUUUUUGCUGCUAGAAAGUCCCUCCCUUCUCCUGGGGAGCUGGGGCUGGCUUGUCCCCAUCAGUUAGGGGAGAAGGGGUCAGACCAAAGAUGGUGGUUUGUCCCAUGUAGGGAGACAGGUGUGGGGAGAAGGCAGGUUUGGGUUCCAUAUCUGGCUUUUCGGUAGGAAGGCUUAACCUCAUUCAGCAGAAGAACAUGGGUAAGUCUGGAUGGGGAAGAGAGAAGUAUAGGGACAGUCUUGCCCAGACAGCUCUGUGGCCUUCCUUGGUAUCACUAGGCCAGGAACUCCACUUAGGAAGGGGCAGUUAGAGGUCUGUGAAGAGCUGGCAAGAGAGGAGGGACAAUGGAGGAGUUGGCCAGGCGUCAGUCCAGCCAGAGCCAGAGGCUGCCUCUGCCACCAGUAAGAGGGCUGGAGAGCAGGCUUGGAGGGAGAGUUCCACAGGGGGUGGGUGCUGGAGGUAGGCAAGGAAUCCGCUUUCUCUCCCCUGACCAGCCCUCCUUUUAUCUCUCCAGAUACUGACAAUCAAGGGGAGAGAGGGUGUGGUGGGUCCCUAGGUUCUCAUUCCAGCCAAAAUCACCAAGGUGGAGUCCCAGGCCUCAGCUGCAUGGCAGGGCCCCCUGGUGGGGUUGGGCACCACUGCAGUCAAGUGCAAAAAGCCACCCCCGAGAGCCCAGGUGUCCCCUCACCCCAACCAGACCUGGUGCCUUGACACCCCACCCCAGCUGGGACAGUAUAGAGAAGGAAGGGUCUUGGUUUCCUCUCCUACUCUCUUCCUUGGGCUCCUGAAUUCAUUUGCUUUUAAAUCUUAGUAUUUUUUGUUGUUGUUUCCCUGGCCUUCCUUUCUCUGUCAACACCUCUUUCCCUGUGUCUUUUUCACUGUCUCUGUGUACCUCUUCUUUCACCCUCAAUAUCUCUUGUGUCCAUUCGGGCCUCCUCCCCUCUCUCCCAUGCCCCCCAGUCCCUCCUUGGUCUCCUUUUCGAUAUGCCAAACCAAUUUUGGGUCGAGUGCAUUUAACGAGAACAAAACAAAAGGCUCAUAACAAGAACGUUUCAGAAAAAAACAAAAAGUUUAAAAAAAAUUGUUGAGUCAAAAAAAUCAAACAAUAAAGAAAUUAAGAUUUCUUGG